UGCUCGCCCCGCGCUUCGCUCGUAUUGUACUUCCCGAAGGAGCGAAAGGAGAGCGCGUGUCCGCGCGCGGGCAGAGGCGAGCGAAGCCGAGAGGAAAACGAGAACGAAGGGAUCGGCGGCAAGAGGUGCCCCUCCGCUUCCUUCCUUCGCCCGCCCAGCCGCCCUGGGAAUCCGAACUGCCAACAGUUGAAUGAAUGAACGAAUGAAUGAAUGAAAGAGACACGCCACCUAACAAGGAGCAACCGGACAGGCUGGAGUCCUCAGCGCCUCGCUCAAGUCUUGGCAACUUGUCUCUCCGCUGACUUCCGACGCUGUCUGCCUUCAAUUCUCCCGAAAACGCCACUCACGCGGCUGAAGCCAUGCCCUGCGUCCAGGCUCAGUACGGGUCCUCGCCGCAAGGAGCCAGCCCGGCCACGCAGAGCUACGCAUACCACCACUCGGCGGCUGCCGGGGAGUACAGCUCGGACUUCUUAACGCCCGAGUUUGUCAAGUUUAGCAUGGACCUGACCAACACUGAAAUCACUGCCACCACUUCUCUCCCCAGCUUCAGUACCUUUAUGGACAACUACGGCGCCGCCGCCGCCCGUCUCUCGCUUUUCUCCUUCAAGCAAUCGCCUCCCGGCACGCCGCUGGGCAGCUGCCAGAUGCGCUUCGACGGGCCCCUGCACGCCCUGCCGCUCAAUGGUGAGCCCUCAGGCCAUGGGCCUGGCGCCCACCACCACCACCACCACCACCAUCACCACCACGACGGGCAGCCCUUCGCCCUGCCCAACCCUAUCCGCAAGCAGGCCACUGCCGCCGCCGUCGGGUUCCCCGGACUGCAGAUUGGGCAUGCCUCCCAGCUCCUGGACGCCCAGGUGCCUUCGCCGCCUUCGCGGGGCUCGCCCUCCAACGAGGGGCUUUGUGCCGUCUGCGGGGACAAUGCCGCUUGCCAGCACUACGGCGUGCGCACCUGCGAGGGCUGCAAAGGCUUCUUCAAGCGCACCGUCCAGAAAAACGCCAAGUACGUUUGCCUCGCGAAUAAGAACUGCCCAGUGGACAAACGCCGUCGGAAUCGGUGCCAGUACUGUCGGUUUCAGAAGUGCCUUGCUGUCGGCAUGGUCAAAGAAGUGGUUCGCACAGACAGCUUAAAAGGCCGAAGGGGUCGCUUGCCCUCGAAACCGAAGAGCCCCCAGGAGCCUUCUCCCCCUUCGCCCCCGGUGAGUCUGAUCAGUGCCCUGGUGAGAGCUCAUGUCGACUCCAACCCGGCUAUGACCAGCCUGGACUAUUCCAGGUUCCAGGCAAACCCAGAUUAUCAGAUGAGCGGUGAUGACACGCAGCAUAUCCAGCAGUUUUAUGAUCUCUUGACUGGUUCCAUGGAUAUCAUCCGGGGCUGGGCAGAAAAGAUCCCUGGCUUCACUGACCUUCCCAAACAAGACCAGGAUCUGCUGUUUGAAUCUGCCUUCCUGGAGCUUUUUGUCCUGCGGCUAGCCUACAGGUCAAACCCAGUGGAAGGAAAGCUAAUCUUUUGUAAUGGUGUGGUCCUGCACCGGCUGCAAUGUGUCCGUGGGUUCGGGGAAUGGAUCGACUCCAUUGUGGAGUUCUCUUCCAGCCUGCAGAAUAUGAACGUCGAUAUCUCCGCCUUCUCUUGCAUCGCUGCCCUAGCCAUGGUGACAGAGAGGCACGGCCUGAAGGAGCCUAAACGGGUGGAAGAGCUUCAGAACAAGAUUGUCAAUUGUCUCAAGGACCACGUGACUUUCAACAACGGCGGCCUGAACCGGCCAAAUUACUUGUCCAAACUCCUGGGCAAGCUCCCGGAACUGCGCACGCUCUGCACGCAAGGCCUGCAGCGUAUUUUCUAUCUGAAACUGGAAGACUUGGUGCCGCCACCAGCAAUAAUUGACAAACUUUUCUUGGACACUUUACCUUUUUAAAAACAAAAACAGAGAGAGAGAGAAAGAAAGAAAGAAAGUGUAAGGGGGGGGGAAAUCUAGAAAGAAAGACUAUGCUGCUGUGCGUUCAGAGUGAAGAACUUUCAAAGCCUCGAAGGGAGGGGGGAUGCAAGAAAGCAAGCAAGCAAGCAGAUCGAGGGCCCAGGAGAAAAGCGAGAGCCCCCCUGAUCAGGAAGGAGCACCUCUGGCUGUCGCAUGCUCCCAUCCCUCCAAACUGUGGCUUAGCCUGUCCUGCCGAACAGUGACUGGAAACUGGGGGCUCUCUGGCCAUGCUGAAUUCCGUUCCUUGGACUACACACAGAUUCCCAUGGUACAAGCUUUUUAUUCUUGCCUAAACAAACAAACAAACAAAAAAAGUCUCUUUCGCUCCCAUACACUCCCUUUUCCCCAAAGCAA